AUGGCGCAAGCAGGUCCUAUUACGGACAUCACUCAGCGACUCUUUAGUGAGUUGAAGUCCAAGAAUGAGGAGACGCGGGUAAGAGCUUCAUUUGAGCUCUACGAUAAUGUCCUGGCUAUCUCGAGAGAUUGGCCUCCGGAGAAGUUCCUCGAAUUCUAUAACGCUGUCAGUCAACGCAUCGCGCAGCUCGUGGUCACCGGCAGUGACGCACAUGAACGGAUCGGCGGCCUUUUGGCUCUCGAUCGCUUGAUUGAUUUCGAUGGUGUCGAUGCGGCUCAGAAAACCACUCGAUUCGCUAGUUAUCUGCGCAGCGCCUUGCGGAGCAACGACAAUGCAGUGUUGGUCUAUGCAGCCCGAUCUUUGGGACGUUUGGCGAAGCCGGGCGGCGCUCUUACUGCAGAAUUGGUCGAAAGCGAGAUCCAGUCAGCAUUAGAAUGGCUGCAGUCUGAACGACAGGAAAGCAGGCGCUUCGCUGCUGUGCUUGUCAUAAGAGAGCUUGCCAAAGGCUCGCCAACUCUUCUUUACGGCUUCGUUCCACAGAUCUUCGAUCUAAUAUGGGUCGCUCUGCGGGACCCCAAGGUUCUUAUCCGAGAAACAGCCGCGGAAGCGGUCUCUGAGUGUUUCGAGAUUAUAGCCGCCAGAGACGCUCAAGUCCGACAACUGUGGUUUGCGAGAAUAUACGAGGAAGCACUUCUGGGCCUUAGGUCAAGCAACGUGGACUCGGUACAUGGAUCGCUCCUAGUACUCAAGGAGCUUCUCCUCAAAGGAGCAAUGUUCAUGAACGAGCAUUAUCGGAAUGCAUGUGAGAUUGUCCUCCGUCUAAAGGAUCACCGUGACCAUAAGAUUCGGGCCCAAGUUGUCCAGACGAUCCCUAUACUUGCCUCCUACGCGCCUGUCGACUUUACAGAAACAUACCUACAUAGGUUCAUGAUUUACCUGCAGGCACAACUGAAGAGAGACAAGGAACGAGACGCAGCAUUCAUAGCGAUUGGAAAAAUCGCCAAUGCAGUGGGUGCUGCCAUUGCACAGUAUCUUGAUGGAAUCAUUAUCUACAUACGCGAAGGAUUGGCCCUGAAAGCUCGAAACCGAGCUGCUGUAAAUGAAGCACCAAUGUUUGAGUGCAUCAGCAUGCUAUCUUUGGCUGUUGAGCAGGCGCUCAGUAAAUACAUGGAAUCUUUGCUUGACCCUAUAUUUGCAUGCGGGUUGAGCGAAUCACUGACGCAAGCGCUUGUCGACAUGGCUCACUAUAUCCCGCCUAUCAAACCUACCAUCCAGGAAAAGCUCUUGGAUAUGCUCAGCCUGAUCCUUCAUGGGACACCCUUCCGUCCCCUCGGUUGCCCAGAGAGCAGGCUACCUCCCAUGCCGUCAUUCGCAAAGGACUUCGCUCCUCAAGAGUUGCACUCUGAUGCAGAAAUUGCUCUGGCGCUUCAUACCCUGGGGAGUUUUGAUUUCUCCGGUCACAUUCUCAAUGAAUUUGUGCGCGAUGUAGCCAUUAAUUACGUUGAGAACGACAAUCCUGAGAUUCGGAAGGCUGCAGCGCUCACUUGCUGCCAGCUUUUUGUCCAUGAUCCGAUCAUCAAUCAGACAAGCAGUCACUCCAUACAGGUUGUCAGUGAAGUUAUUGAUAAAUUAUUGACUGUCGGGAUCGGUGACCCAGACCCGGAGAUCCGACGUACCGUACUAUGGUCACUGGAUCGAAAAUUCGAUCGUCAUCUCGCAAGACCAGAAAACAUCCGCUGCCUGUUCUUGGCCGUAAACGACGAAGUAUUUGCCGUUCGGGAAGCUGCAAUUUGCAUCAUUGGCCGCCUUUCGAGCGUCAACCCAGCCUAUGUGUUCCCGCCACUACGGAAAUUGCUAGUGAAUCUUCUGACAGGGCUUGGGUUCGCGAGCACAGCCCGACAGAAAGAGGAGAGUGCUCAACUCAUCAGCCUAUUCGUAUCAAAUGCGACCAAACUUAUUAGGUCGUAUGUCGAUCCUAUGGUGACAACGUUACUUCCGAAGGCGACGGAUGCCAACCCAGGCGUCGCCUCGACCACAUUGAAAGCUGUCGGGGAACUUGCGAGUGUCGGGGGCGCGGAAAUGAGAAAUUACCUCCCGCAGCUCAUGCCAAUUAUCCUGGACUCGUUGCAGGAUCUCUCUUCCCAUGCUAAGCGAGAGUCGGCUUUGCGGACGCUGGGCCAAUUAGCCAGCAACUCUGGCUAUGUCAUCGAUCCGUUUCUGGAAUAUCCUCAUUUACUUGCCGUUCUCAUUAAUAUCAUCAAGACUGAGCAAACUGGGUCGCUGCGCAAAGAGACCAUCAAGUUACUGGGAAUCCUUGGUGCUCUUGAUCCGUACAAGUACCAACAGAUCAGUGAAAUCGAACCCGAUGUCCACCACAUCAACGAAAUUCAGACAGUUUCUGAUGUUGCCCUCAUAAUGCAGGGCCUCACGCCUUCCAACGAGGAGUAUUAUCCAACCGUGGUCAUCCAUACCUUGAUGCAGAAUAUCUUGCGUGAGAAUUCUCUCGCUCAGUACCACUCUGCGGUCAUUGAUGCGAUUGUUACAAUCUUCAAAACUCUGGGUCUGAAGUGCGUACCGUUUUUAGGGCAGAUCAUUCCCGGCUUCAUAUCUGUCAUCCGAGGUUCGCCGCCUAGCCGCCUAGAGUCCUACUUCAAUCAGAUGGCUAUCUUGGUGAAUAUUGUCCGACAGCAUAUUCGAGCCUUCCUUCCGGAGAUUAUCGAGGUCAUCCAGGAAUUUUGGGAUUCAUCCUACCAAGUGCAAGCGACUAUCUUGUCACUUGUUGAAGCGAUAGCCAAGUCUCUGGAGGGUGAGUUCAAAAAGUACCUGGCAGCCAUGAUUCCUUCAAUGUUGGACACUCUUGAGAAGGACAACACGCCUCGCCGCCAGCCUUCAGAAAGGAUUCUGCAUGCGUUCCUCAUCUUUGGCGCCAGUGGGGAAGAAUACAUGCAUCUGAUCAUCCCAUCUAUGGUACGGCUCUUUGAGAGAGCCCAGAAUCCUCAAAGUAUCAGGAAAUCGGCCAUCGAUAGCCUUACAAAGCUGUCGCGACAAGUAAAUGUUUCUGAUUUUGCAUCUUUGAUGAUUCACUCUUUGGCUCGGGUUGUUGCAGGCAACGACCGGACCUUAAGACAAGCAGCCAUGGACUGUAUCUGUGCUCUUAUCUUCCAGCUCGGCCAGGAUUUCUGCCACUACAUAAAUCUCCUGAACAAGGUCUUGACGCAUCACCAGAUCAAUCAUGUCAAUUACCAGAUUCUAGUUUCCAAGCUCCAAAAGGGCGAUCCGUUGCCACAGGACUUGAAUCCCGAUGAAACUACGGGUACACUGGCGGAUGAAUCUAGCUAUUCUGACAUUGGCCAGAAGAAGAUGGUUGUGAAUCAGCAACAUCUGAAGAAUGCUUGGGAUGCCUCUCAGAAGUCAACGCGUGAAGACUGGCAGGAAUGGAUACGAAGAUUCAGCGUCGAGCUCCUGAAAGAAUCACCUUCACCAGCACUCCGAGCAUGCGCCAGUUUGGCUGGUAUCUACCAGCCAUUAGCAAGGGACCUCUUUAACGCAGCAUUUGUAUCCUGCUGGACGGAGCUGUACGAUCAGUAUCAAGAAGAGCUCGUACGCUCAAUUGAGAAGGCUCUUACUUCACCCAAUAUCCCUCCUGAGAUACUCCAAAUACUUCUCAAUCUUGCUGAGUUUAUGGAGCAUGAUGAUAAGGCUCUUCCCAUUGAUAUUCGUACACUUGGCAAGUACGCCGCAAAGUGUCACGCAUUUGCCAAGGCACUCCAUUAUAAAGAGCUGGAAUUCGAGCAAGAUCAGAACUCCGGCGCCGUGGAGGCUCUGAUCACCAUUAACAACCAGCUUCAGCAGUCUGACGCCGCUAUUGGUAUCCUUCGCAAAGCCCAAGCAUACAGGGAUGUAGAGCUGAAGGAGACAUGGUUUGAGAAACUUCAGCGAUGGGAAGAGGCACUUGCUGCUUACAAACGCCGUGAGAAAAUUGACCCAGACUCAUUUGGUGUCACUAUGGGCAAAAUGCGGUGUCUGCAUGCGCUUGGCGAGUGGAAGGUAUUAUCUGACCUCGCCCAAGAGAAGUGGAACCAGGCUUCGCUAGAACAUCGCAGAGCCAUUGCUCCCCUAGCAGCAGCAGCAGCAUGGGGACGAGGUCAAUGGGAGCUGAUGGAUUCCUAUUUGGGUGUGAUGAAAGAGCAGUCCCCGGAUAGGUCUUUCUUCGGUGCAAUUCUCGCGAUCCAUCGAAAUCAAUUUGAUGAGGCGACAAUGUACAUUGAGAAAGCUCGGAACGGCCUCGACACGGAACUAUCAGCUUUACUUGGAGAGUCAUAUAACCGUGCCUACAACGUUGUCGUCCGUGUUCAGAUGCUUGCUGAAUUGGAGGAGAUCAUCACCUACAAACAGAACAUUGGGGACCCUGAGAAACAGGAGUCAAUGCGUCAGACAUGGAACAAGAGGUUGCUCGGCUGCCAACAGAAUGUUGAAGUAUGGCAACGCAUGCUCAAGGUCAGGGCGCUCGUCACCUCACCCCGCGAAAACCUUGAUAUGUGGAUCAAAUUUGCCAACCUCUGUCGUAAAUCAAAUCGCAUGGGACUUGCCGAGCGAUCUCUUGCAUCUUUGGAGACUGUUGUCACUGACAACAAUGGCACAAGAACUAUUGCUCCUCCCGAAGUGACGUACGCUCGCUUGAAAUUCAAUUGGGCUACUGGUCGCCAGCGUGAAGCUCUUCAGAUGCUAAAAGAGUUCACUGCAAAUCUGACGGAUGACUUGAAUCGUUUUAACGCGCUCAUGGUAUCACAGCCUGAUCAUAACGGAAUCAAUGGUGUCAACGGAAUUACAGAGGCAAAUCAUGCGGAUAUGAUGGGUCUCCGUGAACGUAUUGGCGAUGUAGCCAAAUUCCGCAAGCUGCUCUCUAAGAGUUAUCUUAGGCAGGGAGAGUGGCAGACAACUUUGCAACGAGGCGACUGGAAGCCCGAACACGUUCGCGAGGUUCUUGGCGCAUAUUCUGCUGCCACGAAAUACAACCGCGACUCGUACAAAGCCUGGCAUUCCUGGGCGUUGGCCAACUUCGAAGUCGUGACAACGAUUGCCAGUCAGACAAGCAGGGACGGGAGUAUCAAGCCCGUAGUCCCUGGCCAUAUUGUGACAGAGCAUGUCAUACCUGCCAUUGGAGGCUUCCUCCGAUCAAUCGCUUUGUCGUCCACCUCGUCUCUCCAGGAUACCCUGAGGCUGCUGACCCUUUGGUUCACUUACGGCGGUGACCAAGAAGUUAAUAAUGUUGUCACAGAAGGCUUCACCGCAGUGAACAUUGACACCUGGCUUGCGGUAACUCCACAACUCAUCGCUCGUAUCAACCAGCCAAACCUCAAGGUCCGCACCGCUGUUCAUCGCCUCCUGGCCGAAGUGGGAAAGGCCCAUCCGCAGGCGCUGGUGUACCCAUUAACCGUUGCGAUGAAAUCGCACAUUACCCGCCGUUCGCAAUCCGCCAGCACCAUUAUGGAUAGUAUGCGGCAGCACAGCGCUACUUUAGUCGAGCAAGCCGAUCUUGUCAGUCAUGAAUUGAUUCGAGUCGCGGUGCUGUGGCACGAACUCUGGCAUGAAGGCUUGGAAGAAGCCUCUCGACUCUACUUCGGUGACCAUGAUGUGGAGGGCAUGUUUGCGACUCUGGCGCCACUGCAUGACAUGCUUGACAAGGGUGCGGAAACGCUGCGUGAGGUUUCUUUCGCGCAGGCGUUUGGACGGGAUCUUGCAGAGGCGAAGCACUAUUGUAUGUUGUACCGUGAGACGGAAGAAAUUGGCGAUCUCAACCAAGCUUGGGAUCUCUACUAUACUGUAUUCCGCAAGAUCAGCCGGCAGCUCCCACAGUUGUCGACUCUUGACCUCAAAUACGUCUCUCCCAGGCUCAAGGACUGUCAUGACCUUGCCCUUGCUGUUCCCGGAACCUACCAGAGUGGCAGACCAAUCAUCCGGAUCAUCAGCUUUGAUCCUAUAUUGCACGUGCUUCAAACUAAGAAGCGACCUCGACGCAUGACUCUGAAGGGAAGCAACGGAAGCUCUUACAUGUAUGCCCUUAAGGGACAUGAGGACAUUCGGCAAGACGAGAGAGUCAUGCAGUUGUUCGGACUUGUGAACACGUUGCUUGAUAACGAUGGCGAAACCUUCAAGCGACAUCUUUCCGUCCAGCGUUUCCCUGCAAUCCCCUUGUCUCAGAACUCUGGUCUGAUAGGAUGGGUCUGCAACAGCGAUACAUUACAUGCGCUGAUCAAAGAGUACCGUGAAAGUCGCCGCAUCCUACUCAAUAUCGAACAUCGUAUUAUGCUGCAGAUGGCGCCAGAUUACGACAAUCUCACUCUGAUGCAAAAGGUCGAGGUCUUCGGAUACGCCAUGGACAACACUACUGGAAAGGAUCUGUAUCGUGUUCUCUGGCUCAAAAGUAAGAGUUCCGAGGCCUGGCUUGAGCGUCGGACGAAUUAUACAAGAUCUCUGGGAGUCAUGUCGAUGGUGGGCUACAUUCUGGGCUUGGGUGACCGUCAUCCGUCCAACCUUCUGCUGGAGCGCGCCACCGGGAGAGUGGUCCAUAUCGAUUUCGGUGACUGCUUCGAGGUGGCAAUGCACCGUGAGAAGUAUCCAGAGAGGGUGCCCUUCCGGUUAACUCGCAUGUUGACUUUCGCCAUGGAAGUCAGCAAUAUCGAGGGAAGCUACCGUAUCACUUGCGAGGCUGUUAUGCGCGUGAUCAGAGACAACAAGGAUUCCCUUAUGGCCGUUCUGGAAGCAUUCAUUCACGAUCCCUUGAUCAACUGGCGUCUGAACAUUCGCGAGUCACCAGAACGGCCGCCGUUCAGCACUGAGCGCCGACAGUCGAUUACGUCCGUCAUGAAUCUUGAACAUGGCGUUCAGCCCAGCAAUUUCUCCCGUCACCGCCGCCCAUCUAUUCUCGACGGUGGUAUCCUCGAUGUCCAAGAGGGCAUUCCGCCCGAAGCCCGUGAGGCACAGAAUGCACGAGCAGUGCAGGUGCUUGCUCGGGUCAAGGAGAAGCUCACAGGUAGAGACUUCAAGCCCACUGAAGAGCUCAAUGUGAGUGAUCAAGUGGACAAACUUCUCGCGCAGGCAACGAGCGUGGAGAACAUAUGUCAGCAUUGGAUUGGAUGGUGUAGUUUCUGGUGA